AUGCUCGUGUUCCGCUCUUUCUUCGCUUUCAAAUACGCUCCGCUCCGCUGCCCACUUCCACCUACGCAGGUCCUGUCUCCAAACAUGCAGCAAGAGUCGCCAUUGUCAUUGAAUCAUUCCAACACAGCGUCGCCGUCAACAAAUGAGCUGGAGGGCCAUAAUGAUGGCUUGGCGACAAAAAUAACGAGACGAUCACAUCGCAAGUCGCGUGCUGGUUGCCAGAACUGCAAGACGCGCCGCAUCAAGUGUGACGAAACGAAACCAGAAUGUGGAAAUUGCAAACGACGACAAGUACACUGCGACUUUUCUAAGCCAGCGAACAUCCCAUCCUCACACACAGGACCUAUCAGUAGCUUCAGCUCUGGUGAGCUGCCCAUAUCCGAAAUCGAGCUCACAUACUACUACACUACUUCAACCUGCUUCACGGUUUCACCGUGGUCCACUAGCGGAAUCAGUUGGCAAAACCAAAUGGCCGAAAUUGGCUUCGAGAAUCCUUGUGUAUUACACUUGAUGUUCGCAUUUACAGCAUUGCACCUAGCGCACUGUCGUCCCAGUCGACGGGAGCUAUAUGUAACUACGGCCGACCACCAUUACGAGCGGGCGCUCAUUCUGGUUACACCAGAGAUUGCAAAUCUCAGUUCGAGCAAUUGCGAUGCAGUAUUGGCGGCCGUUCAGAUGAUCUGCUUCAUCAGUUGGGGUCGUGGUCCUCAACCUGGAGAGUACCUCGCAUUUGGGAAAGACAAGCGAUCUGACUGGUUGAUGAUGUUUCGCGGCAUCAGAACAACACUCAGCAGUGUCGAGAGGCAUCGAUUUGUUAAGACACAUGCGCCUGCGGCACAAAGUAAGAAUCGGCCACUGCCAGCUCAAGAAGUACCAGUAGGAUACAAGGAGCAACUUGAUGAGCUACGCCAGCACGUAGAUCUCGUCACGGAGGAUACACCCCAACACGAAGAAGACGUCAAAGCCGUCGAUGUUCUGCGCGAAAUGUACGACAAUCGAUAUCAAGGCGUCGAUACGGAAUAUCAUGUCGUCUUUGGCUGGCUUUAUCGAAUGACGGACGGCUUUCUCGAGCGUUUGCAGCAACGAGACCCAACAACGAUGAUUAUGUACGCACAUUUUGUGGUGUUGGUAUGUGCGUUGGAGCAAUUCUGGUACAUGAAAGGGUGGACGCAUCAUGUUAUGUAUGGGAUAUGGGAGCUGUUGCCGCAAGAGCAUCGAGCAUGGUUGGAUUGGCCCGCAAAAAGAGUUGGUUGGAUCAAGCCUUGA